CGUCGGAGCGGGCGGCCGCGGGCGCCGCCGCCUCCUCCUCCAUGGCUGUUUACCCGGCUGCAUUGUGGGAGUUUGACCUCCGCCGCCGCCAACCGCCGCCUCAGCUUGCGCCGCCGCCGCCGCCGCGCACGCCAUGGGAGCCGUGACUGACGACGAAGUCAUACGGAAGCGCCUCCUAAUUGACGGAGAUGGUGCUGGAGAUGAUCGGAGAAUUAAUCUGCUGGUGAAAAGUUUCAUUAAAUGGUGCAACUCUGGAUCCCAGGAAGAUGGAUACAGCCAGUACCAACGUAUGCUGAGCACACUGUCCCAGUGUGAAUUUUCAAUGGGCAAAACUUUGCUGGUAUAUGAUAUGAAUCUCAGAGAAAUGGAAAAUUAUGAAAAAAUUUACAAAGAAAUAGAAUGUAGCAUUGCUGGAGCACAUGAAAAAAUUGCUGAAUGCAAAAAGCAAAUUCUUCAAGCAAAACGAAUACGAAAAAACCGCCAAGAAUAUGAUGCUUUGGCAAAAGUGAUCCAGCAUCAUCCAGACAGGCAUGAGACAUUAAAGGAACUAGAGGCUCUGGGAAAAGAAUUAGAGCAUCUUUCACAUAUUAAAGAAAGUGUUGAAGAUAAGUUGGAAUUGAGACGGAAACAGUUUCAUGUUCUUCUUAGUACCAUCCACGAACUUCAGCAAACACUGGAAAAUGAUGAAAAGCUCUCAGAAGUAGAAGAAGCUCAAGAAUCCAGCAUGGAAACAAAUCCUAAACCAUAGAUAGGCUCAUCUCACUGUUGCCAAGAACACUGAAGUAGCAAUCUCACCUCUGUGUGUUUAGAAUUUGUUGUGCUCUUGAAAGUUUUGGUAGUGAGCUUUUUACUCUUACACUUAAAAGAUAGGAUGCAAUGUGUAGUAAAAUGUUGUUAGCUAGAUUUGUUUGUGCUCCUUAGUAUUCUAGGUGGUUUUUAACUGGUAACAUUGACUUGCUUACAAAAUAUAUUGAAGAAUUUGAGAAGAUGGCUUAUGGCAUUUCUAGGAUAUACAUGAGAAAAUAACUCAUUUUCUGGAAUUGACUCUAUUACCACUUUUGAAAAUGGAGUCCAUGAGCAGGCUUCAGAAGGGCUGUGAACUUAUGAAAUCAUGUACAAAGUCGUGUUUGUGGUUUAUUAAAAACCUGGGAGAGGUUUCAUGAUAUUAAGAAUUAUAGGCGUGAGAGGUAAUUACAAGAUACAGUCAGUCGAUACGAAUUACUUCAGAUUUCUCUCCUCAACACUUGAGCAACAUGUUGGUAAAUAAAUGUUUUGCUGGUAGUUCUCUCUAUUGUUUUGUUCUUUAGGAUUUGUUUCCAGUAGGAAAAAUGUAUCAAUAAAGUGAAGAAAAGCAGUUUUUGAGAAAAACAGUCUGUUAAGAUAGUUGUGCAUAAAGGAUUCCAUGAUCUUAAAAAUUAAGCUAAGGCUGAAUCACUUGUAAUUUUCUAAAGUAUUGAAUUACAUGUUCAAUACCUGCUGGUUUCCACCCUUACCCAUAUUUAUUUUCGUUCAGAAACAUGACACUUUGCAUGAAUCAUACCUUUAUUAAUGUUACAUUUUUAUGAUUUUAAAAAGAAUUUUUAUCUUUACAAAUGUAAGUUUAAAAUUAGCUCAGUAGUUGUUAUAUUAAAAGUGUCAUUAUACAUUUAAA